AUGGAACGUGUUGCAAAAAUCCUCUUGGUCUUGGUUAUCUGUGUCGUUGCAAUGGCACACCAGACAGCUGCAGAAGAAAGCAAGGGCAAGGACCUAAUCAACAAGGUAUGUAGUAGAUCAUCAACCACGGAUAUGUGCAACGAAGUCCUUUCCUCCGACUCAAUAAGCCCAAAUGCAAACCUAAAAGACUUGGCAAUUAUAGCUUUGAGGGUUGCUGCCAAUAACGCCUCAAGCAUUCUCAAUGACGUGAAGACGAUGAUUGAUGAUGCUGAAUUGGACCCAGACAUUCAACAGGGCUUGGCUGAUUGCAAAGAAACCAUUUUGGAUGCUGAAAGCCAACUUGAGGACACUAUUGCUGCCUUGUUGGUUGAUGCUGACGUUGAUGCUCAGUUAUGGCUAAAGGCUGCUUUGGCUGCUAUCCAGACCUGUGAUGAUUCCAUCCCUGGAAAAGACGAUGUUCUCUCUGUUAAGAGUGCUACCUUCCGCAAAUUGUGCAAUAUUGCCGUGGCCCUCAGCUUGUCCUUGCCAAAUCAAAAUUAA